AUGUCCGAUACGGAAUCUAGCUCACGACGUGGCACCAACGCCACCCACGAUCCACCACCCAAAGUACGAAGGACCUACGGCAGAGCGCAACCCCCGCCGCUUCCUGUCCCGGACGACCCCGACUCUUCACUGACGAUUAUUGAUACAAGCAUGGACGCGUCGCGCUCGGAAGACGCAUGUGAUGACAGUGCCGGCGCCGGGUCGCAAGAGACACGCGUGGACUCUGACGAAGAGGAGGACACCGGAUCGCGGUUCUCGUUCGGGUGGAAGGCAAAGUUGAAGGAGAUUGACGAGAUGUCCGACGGGGAGUUGGAGCUGCGAAAGAACAAACAGCGAGAAGAACGCUUACCCUCCGGCAAUGAGAUCGAAACCGAUGCCACCGCUCACGCAACGCAGGGAACCCAGAUCUCCAGCUCACAAGGAGUCUUCGACGGCUCAUUGUCUAGUCUCACUCGAAACAGCUCCUUCGCGUCAGAUGCGCCGCCUGCUCGUGGGUCCUCACCUUUGGAUCUCGAACGAGCUGUACCACAGACUAAAUCACCAUCAUCGCCGAAUUCUCCUGAUUCGCACCCAUUCUUGUUACGGACACCUGACGAACGCUCGUCUCCCACCCUUCCCACUUCCGACAUAGAAACGAGCAGUCCCAAGCGCCUCAAAGCUGCAGCGCUGAAAGACAUAUUUGGUGAUCAUAACGACGACGACGUUCAUGACCUCCGAGAGGUGCAGGAACUCGGACGCCCCAAAAAGCAGAGGAAGGCAAAGGGUCUUUCGAAGAAAGAAAAGGAAGAGAUGGCGAAAGAAUCUAUGCGCCUGGAAGCAUCAAAACAGGCGUCCAUACAGCCUGUCCAGAUCAAAAGCUACCCCGUUUCUCGGUUCUUAGAUGCUUUCAGUUCCAGCUUAAAGCCUUUCGUGGAGCCUCCUCCUUCCUCGGAGCCGGAGCCUAUCGAAAACUUCCGGUCAUCGCCCUCUCCCAAGAUCGCCACGACGUCCGCUCCCCGCCCUCAUCGAACGGCGGUUACAAGGCCGCCGAUCCGUCAUUCGAUGACAGCACCGCAAGCGCAGAAGAAAUCACUUGCACCGGAGUCAAGCAUCGAUGACGUGUUCAUUGGUGAUGGUUCACCGAGCAAGGGAGAGCGAGCGUUCGGUCAACCAUUGCUUCUUGUCGGGGAACCCUCUCCACAUCGGCGACUUACGCCCCGUCAGAAGCGCCUGGCGAGCCAACCACCCGAUGACGACUCCGAUGAGGAAUUGCCGACCUUGGGCGAUAUUUUCGCGCAGGAUAAAGCCCGGCGUGCUCAGGCAACCACGGAGAACGAGUUACAAGCGAGGCGCGAGCGUUUAGCCGAACUAAAAGCUCGCGCUCAACAACUCCCGGCGGCACCUCCAAGUGACGAUGACGACGACCUGGAGAUCGUCAACAACGAUAUGCAUGUUGUCAUCGAAGAAGAAGCGGAGCACCGUCGCGCCCUGCAUGCCAGCGGCAAGAAACCAAGCUCAGGCCGAAAGCGUGAAUUGGAUCUCGCUGGUAUAUCUCCUAUCAAGCCCUCUGCUCGUCGGAGUAACAUGAUCGGCCUUGGCGUACCGCUUCAGAAGCGUGAUCCCAAAGGGAAGGGAAAGGUUACCGCUGCUCUAAGCAAGGACGAGCUGAACCGCCAGCUACUCAGAGAAGCUGAGAAGAUGGCACAAGAGGAACGCCGCGCGAAGGAAGAGGAGUGGGUGCGUGGUGGGGGGAUAUCGAAGGCGCCGGCUCCCGUAUCUGCGGCUGCAGCGGAAGAAGCACGGAAAGCUUACGCGCAGCGGGCAGAGGAAGUCAAGGAUCGCGUCGAUCUCGAUCUCAACGGUGCUGAAGUUUCCGCUGAAGAAGACGAACAGGAUGAUGAUGACUGGAAACCCGACCUGGGUAGCGAUGACGAAGACAGGUUGUCAGUGGCCGGAUCUCGUAGCCCCAGCCAGAACACCAGUGGGGUAGAGGCAGACAUGGAGGAAGAAGUGGAAGCAAUGCCACCACCAACGUCUCCGCGGCCAACAGCUACACCGAAUGAUGAUGAACCGAUCAGGCACAUGCGUGCUCGUCGCCCUCGAGCCAUAGAAUCCGAUACGGAGUCGGAAUCCGAGAGCGGCGCAGGCCCAAGCUGGAGGGGGCCGUUAGGCAAUCUUCUGGUACCAGACUCGUCGAAAAUACUGGUCGGGCCAGCAGCGAUACACCGGCCAUCAAUAUCGUCAUUCGGCGAUGGGACGGACCGUGAGGAUAGCACCGAUAAAGAGAACGAUACUAGGUUGAUGUUCGACUUCAGCGAAGACAAAGAGAACACAGCGGUCGUUCGGCAUGCCCAGUCCAUCGCAGCCUCCCCGGUCCAAUCCCCUUCACCUCGUCGACAUGGAGCAGGGUCUCCUCUAUCCCAGCGCAGUCGUCCGAGCAGAACACCUAGCAUGUUCGAUGACGGUGACGGCGUACUUGGCGGUUCGCUAGGCAUGUCGUCGAGUUCCCAGCGGACACCACUGAAAGAACUGGAGCCGAAAGACGACGAUGAUUUGUUCACGUCCCCCGCCGGACUUGGAAGACGGAAUCUGCUCUCGGAGUUACUGAAUUCAACGCCAAAAGACAAAGAGCCAGAGGUGACGCGAGGCGGCGCACUCGCACCGUCGCCGUUGAUGCCCGCGCCACUGGGGUUAGGAUUGCGACAGAACAAGUCUUUCUCGCAAUUCUUUGCAACGCAGGAAGGAGCCGAUGUACAGAAGACCGUACCUGAAGAGGCGAACCAGCGACGACCAGUCGUGUCGCAGGGAGGAUUUUCCCAGCUAUUUGACGGCGGCAGUAUGUUACCACCCGCUGUUCCAGUGAAGGGUGAACCCCAAUUGUCCUUGCCAACUCAGCCCGGCUUCGCGAAACUGCGGCAGCCGUUUGGGACUCCGGACUUGGGCUUGACAUUGCCUGCCGGGAGCCUGCAGCCUGCCCUCGAGGUUCCCGAGGACGUGCUCCGUAAAGCGGACGACAUCUUCGAGAAGGAGCAGGAGCUUGUCGUGGAUACCGCAGCUAAGAAAGCUGGCGAGAGAACGGAGCUGUAUGUCGAUGAGAAUGGGUUCUUGACCCAAACCCGACCGGAAACCCCCAACACCCGACUGUAUCGCCCGACGCUCACGCAGCUGCGUCGGCCACUCAUAUCGCCUUCCGAACCGGUUCCUGGCUCAUCCACAAGGCAACGCGCACCGCUCGGAGUUCUGAGCACUGCGGACGAUGUCGAGGACGAUCAGCCGCGUCUACGGCGCCUCAAACGGCGCACCUCGCCGGGUGGCUUUAUUGCCGACGCGCGUCCGACUAGCUUGAGCCUAUCCACGGACAAACGGCCGAAUGCGUUUCAGGUUCUUCACCAGGGGGCGCAGCGAGCACAACAGAAUCAAAGUAAGAAGCUGGGAAAGUCUGAAUACGUUGAGGCGGAAGCAUUGGAAUCCGACGACGACGCGAAGAUGGGCUUCGGCGGUUUGAAGAAAGACGAUGACGACGACGACGAUGACAGUGACAACGGCGAGGAAGACAAGGUCGUCGAAGGUUUGGUGGACGACGCGGCAAUGGACAUUGAGACCGUGGCCGCCGAGAAAGUAUUAGAGAAGCAUAAGGAGCACCUCGAGGAGGAAGACGAAAAGCUCCAGAAACUGCAUCAAGAUGCAAUCGAGGGGAAGUUCAGGACCAAGAGACGUGACCGCGGGAUCGGCUUUGACGACAGCGAUUCCGAUGACGAGGACGACACCAACAGACGUAUCCGACAGAAGAUGGCGAAGAAGCGCAAGAUCGCCGACGAUAAUCUGGAUGCACUUGGCUCCAACCCGGCGACUCGUCCAUUCUUCAACGAAUAUCAUAAGGAGCUUGAGGAUGACAAUGCGGAGUUUGCCCACCUCGCCACAGACGACUUCAGCAUGGCAGUCAGCCAAGCAGACGAACCAGAGGCCAGUGAAGAAGAGGAAGAAGAGCUAACAGCUGCCGAGCUUCGUCGUCAACUGCGCGAAGCAGCUCAGCAGAAGGAGGCAGAGUCUUUCAACCCCGAAAACGUGGAAUAUAUCGAUGUUGAGGACGAUCUUGACGAAGAAGCCCAGCCUCGCGUGCGAGAGAUCACAGCAGGCGCAAAGGCGAAAGGCAAUACGGAUCGACUUCCGCAGGAUUUUGCAAGCCUUCCGAAUCGUCGGGCGAAGGAUGUGAGCGAGCUGAACAACGAGCGGAUGCUGAAGUGGGCCAAGUCCGAGGGUCGUACCGGAGGCUCAGCCCGAGCGGCGCUCGCGCAGGGCGUUACCGGUCAUGGCAAGAAAGGCGGGUCGUUCAAGAACGGACAGCGACCCAAGACACAGACCGAGCAACGCAAGCCUGUUAAGUCCGGAUCCACUCGAAGUCUGCUAUCAACCGUGUCCGACCGAAGCAGCCGUUUCACAAACUAAGUUAACAUAUAUCAGAAUCGGACUGGACAUCUAGUAUGGCAUUCUAUGCUUUUAUCAUGAUAUGUUGUCGUUUUGCAUGUCUC